AAUAUUUAAGUUUGCAUAGAAUGCGUAGCUUCAGCGGGGGCAAACAUUUGUGCAAACAGAAGCGAACAGACUGUUGUAAUAGCUGCCGUUGAUGUUCGACUCUUCCGUUUGACGAUGCGUAUAAAAGAUGCGUAUUGAUGCAGUGGAAGGUACAGUUGAAUUGUAGCAACAAUUUGGUCAACAACGAAAGAAAGCUCAUAGCACAAAACACAGAAAAUGAAGUUCGCUUUGGUUCUAUUCGUGGCCUGUGCGUUUAUUGUAACGGUGAAAGCGCAAGUGUCCGCUGGAUUGGGUACGGGAACGGGUACGGGAACGGGAACGGGAGCAGGAACAGGUUCUUACAGUCCUUCCACUUAUGACUACUACGGGUAUAGCUAUCCAUCAACAUACGAUUCCUAUCCAUCUUACUAUUAUUACUACGAUGAAGUGACAACCACGAAGCCAUUUAAGCAGCAGUUCCUAUCUCUGCUCUUCAACAAGAAGAAUGGGUAAUCAAUCAGUGAGAGUUCUGCUCGACAACGACGCCGCCCCAAGCCCGCAAC